UGCUAGUUGACCUCCACAAGGCCUUCAAUGGCCGACGGGGAUGGAAGCACGCAAACUUGAGAAGAAUGAAUAGUAAGAGAGCAAAAAUUCACAUACUUCUCCUUUGCUUCUUGGCUUUGCUACACCAAUCCCAAGGCCAAGCCAAUAGCUACAACUGCUCCGACGAUCGGACCAUCUACCCUUGCCGGGCAUACGCCUUUUACCGUGCGGCGGCGGAGCAAGACCUCGCCGCCGUCGCCGACCUAUUCGGUGUUAGCCGGUUGAUGAUAUCCAGGGCCAGCAACCUCUCCCUCGCCGCCGCUAUCAGCCUGGGCGACCCCCUCCUCAUCCCCUUAACCUGCACCUGCGGUGGUGCCACCUCUAACCUCUCCUACGCUCCGACAACUUACCAGAUCCUCUCCGGCGAUACCUUCUACGCCGUUUCGACCUACAAAUUCCAUAACCUCACCGCCUACCCUGCCGUCGAGGCCGUCAAUCCGACGCUCAUCCCCACCCAACUCCAGAUCGGCGUCGAUGUCACUCUCCCAAUCUUCUGCCAGUGUCCCAGAAAGAGCAGCCCGGCGCUCAUCACCUAUGUCUUCCAGCCCUCCGAUUCAUAUCGGUCGAUCGCAUCGAACUUCGGCUCCGAUGUCCCAUCUCUGGUCUCCAUGAACGGCCCGGAGACGAAGAUCAAGCAUUUCACCACGGUACUUGUCCCCAUAUCUCGGAUCCCACCUCCUAUGAUGCUCAACCGCUCUUCAGUACUGCUUCCGCCUCCUCCACGGUCCACUGACGAUCAUGGCGUCGUCGUGGGAUUAGCGAUUGGGUUCACGAUCAUGGUGGUCUUGUGGGUUUUGCUACUAAGCUCGCUCGCUUGGAAAUGGCGAGCAUGGCAAGGACAAGCACAGAAUACGGCCAUCAACAAGAAGAAGAACAAGAAGAAGAAGAAGAAAAUGAUCGGAUCACCACAGCCGUCAGAUGAAUAUCUAACGGUCGAUAUUUCCGAUUUGCUGGAUAAGUACAGGGUAUUCGAGCUCGAGGAGCUAAGGCAUGCCACGUCGGACUUCGAUCGUUUGAUUAACGGAUCCGUUUUCAAAGGGAUAAUCAACGGCCAGGUUUUCGCAAUCAAGAGAAUGAAAUGGGACGCCACUGAUGAGCUCAAGAUUCUUCAAAAGGUGAACCAUAGCAACCUGGUGAAGCUAGAGGGCUUUUGCAUAGACGAAGAGAACAAUGGCUGCUACCUCGUCUACGAGUACAUCCCCAAUGGCUCGCUUCAUGACUGGCUCCACUCCCCGGCCAUGCCCCACAAGCUCCAAUGGAGAACCCGCCUCCGCAUCGCCCUCGACCUCGCCAACGCCCUCCAGUACAUCCACGAGCACACUUGGCCCCGGGUCGUCCACAAAGACAUCAAGUCCACCAACGUCCUCCUCGACGCCACCAUGAAAGCCAAGAUCGCUAACUUUGGCCUCGCUCGCUCCGGCUGCAACGCUUUCACCACACGCAUCAUUGGCACCCAAGGCUACGUCUCGCCGGAGUACCUCUCCGACGGCCUUGUCACCACCAAGAUGGACGUUUUCGCUUAUGGGGUCAUCCUUCUUGAGCUUGUUUCUGGGAGGGAAGCAGUGCAUGCGAGAGGUGAGCUUCUUUGGAUGAGUGUAGAUAAGGUGUUUGAUAAAAUGGGUGUGAGAAGAGAUGAGCUGAGGUUGUGGAUGGAUGAGUUUCUUGUGCACAUGAGUUGUUCGAUGGAAAGCGUGGUCAUUGUUUUAGGCAUUGCUAGAGCUUGCUUGAACAGAGACCCUUCCAAGAGGCCCAGCAUGGUUGAUGUUGCUUACUUGUUAUCAAAAGUUGAUGAUUUGCGCUCUGAUUUCUCCGAAGAAGAGCUCACCGUUGCCAAUGUUGAAGUUAAGGCUCGGUGAAGUCAGGUUAGUAGUUACUUCUUUCUUCGCAAUUUAGCAUAGAUUGUUACUGUUUCAUGUUCAUGUUGUGUUUGUCUUUGUGAUUUGGUUUGUGAACUUGGUUGUGAAUAACUUGUUAAUUUAGUUCUGUUUAUUGAGGUUAAGUACUUGUUGCAAACUGAACUUUUAAGAAGUUAAGAAAAUCCCUCAAAAUUAGAAUGAA